AUGUUUUUUAGUGAUCGAAAAAUGAAGGGGAUGAACAUCCUAACGCUGGUAGUGAUUUCGGUGGAAGUGCUUUUCGGAGUCCGGUUUGCUGGUUGCGCUGAACUCGGCACCGAACCGGACCUAAUGAUAUCCGCCGACGGCAUUCUAGACGCACAGCUGAUGCCCAUUACAUAUCUAAUGCUGGACGGUGUGUGUGAGAUGAGUGAAGGUGGUGGUGACUGUGGUCAGGAUAAGGGGGCUGAAAGUCGUGCUGAACCGGACCGAACGGAUGAGGGACCAUUGCACGAGCUCGGAUCGAACGAUGCCAGCUACAGUAGUGCGCUUUCCACGCUGGAAUUUCACCGGACGAUGAUCAAUCUUUACCGCUGCAAGGGUUUCCUCGCCAAGCGCAUCAUCAACGUGUAUCCGUCGCAAUCCCAACUAUUCAAACGCAUGAGCUCAGCGAUGCCGAACAGCUCCUCCCCGAUGAUGAAUGCACCGCAAGAUCCUACCGAUGGUAUGCUUUACGAUCCGGGCUCGUCGGGAUACAAAGAAUGGCUCACAAAGACCUCUACACUGGAUGACAUUUAUGAGAAUUUUCUCUCCACGCGCAAGGUGAACGAUACGCUGAAUCGAAGUCUCCAGCAUGCCACUUUCCACCGGCAGUCGGAAGCGCAUCAUCCGACGUCGAAUCCGCGCCUCGGUCAGGAAGAGUACUUCGACGAAGGUAUCAUUACCGGGUACGCGAUGCAACCGGAACAGAUUGGUAGUGUGCAGGGUGGUGGCGCACCCGUUGGUAACUACGACCGUUACGGACAGUACGGUGCGAACGAUCUGCAGCUGAGACAGUCCAAGUACCAACGGGGCCUGCUGCAAGGCGAAGCGGACGGUGGUGGGUAUGAGGCAUCGCGCGGUGACUACGCCUACCACCACCAUCAUCACGCGCCGGUGGUGGAGUACGAGGAGAAAGCGGUCGAUAAGAGUUUGCUCGGCUUGAAGGAUCUGUUCGACAUCGCGCUGACAACGCUCGCGUACCUGUCGUUCGGGAUGUUCAUACUGCAGGUGAUCAUGUGCAUAACGAUGACGAAAAGCGACUCGAACAUGAUGAUACUGCCGACCACCUCGGAGGUGGAGGUGGAGGACGAGGAAGGACGUCGGGUUGCGCGUGCGCUGCACGUGGAGGGGUCGGCUAGGGCGCGGGAACUUAACCAGCUGGCGAUGUACGUGGUCGAUUCGAUCGAUACCAUCGCUGGGAACGGUACGGCACAGGAUCUCUGUCUGCACGCUUGCCUCUGCAAGGCGAACAGGUUUUCCCGCGACCUCACCAGCAUCCCCGGAUAUUGGAUCAGUGUAUGGAGCUUCGGCGUAUCCUGGUUAGCUCGCUACAAACAUCCCUCGAGAAACUUACCAGAGUUUGCGUUGAGGUGCAUGAGCGCCGCUCUGAUAGGUCUUGGCAAUGGCAAGUGCACAGAACUUUACCCUUGUGGAGGCAAACAAUCGAAAGCCUAA